GUGUGCCUUUCUGUUUUGCUUGUUCAGACAAUGCUGUGACAGACGCGUGGCCUGUUUGCGUCUCACCGUAACCGCAGUAUUGUAAUUAUUUUAUUGGACAUUAUUACACACAAACCGUAACAUAUCGCAAAUAGCUAUCAUUUUCUAGAAAGGUACAAUGUUUACCAACAAGCUGCUGACGCUGGUGUUGGUGGUGCAGCCUGGACAGGUGCUGCUGGGCAUGAAGAAGAGAGGGUUUGGAGCAGGCAAAUGGAAUGGGUUUGGUGGUAAAGUCCAACCAGGGGAGACCAUCGAAGACGCUGCCAGACGUGAAUUGCUGGAGGAGAGUGGCCUCACAGUCGAUGCACUGGCUAAGAUUGGAAAUAUCAAAUUUGAAUUCGUAGGAGAAACAGAGCUACUUGACGUCCACAUUUUCAGGGCUGACAGUUACAAUGGGGAGCCAACGGAGUCAGAUGAGAUGAGGCCACAGUGGUUUGACUCUGACAAGAUACCCUUCAGUCAAAUGUGGGCUGACGAUAUUUUGUGGUUUCCACUAAUGCUUCAAAAGAAGAUGUUCUUGGGCUACUUCAAAUUCCAGGGGCACGACUUGAUCAUCGAUCACAAGUUAGAGGAAGUAGAAACGCUUUGAGAUGCUCCUAAACCGCUGGCCUUUUCUGACUGUAGUUUAUUGUAUUAGAGGCUGUUACAACAACAGUGCUAUAUGCUACAUUCCUGGGGGAUUUCACAACGUUCCCAUUGAUUCAAGAUGGCAGAUUCAGUGCCCAGAAAUCCUCAUGUAUUUUGUGAUUGUAGAGAUAGUUGCCAGUGACAACCAUAUGUGAAUCUGUAAAAACGAAGGUAUCUCUAUGUGCCAAAACAAAAUACUGGAUGUGGGGAUAUUCAUGUUUAUUUUAUCAUGUUUCCCAUUUUAUUGUUGUGCAUAUAUUACCUUUAAAAAAAAAGUAUACACAGAAUGUCUUUUUUACUUUAUUUUAUCUUCAGUGGGGAUAUUUAUGAUCUAAGCAAUGCCUUUAUAAUCAAUAACCUGAUUAUCCUUCUAGAUUUAUAAACCAAGUAAUGUACAUGCAAAAAUACAGUCAUUAAAACAGACAAUUCUGAAAAUC